UAUAAAUAAGGUUGUCUGUUUGCUUUGUCUUAUACCCAUAAUGGCAAACAUUAUUCCAUAUAUUGCACGGAUGUGUACGGUACCUAAUAUUUGCAAGUAUAGAAUUUUGAAACGAAUUAAUAUGUCAUUGAAAUUGAAUAGACAAUAUUCUUCUGCAUUAUUUGUUUCUGGAAGAAAAGCUAUGGAGAUUUGCGCGCAUAUAACACCAUAUUUGGACUUUGAUGAUAAGUUAGUAGACCUUGAUAUAUUUCAAAGAAACUUGACGUCUAGAGGAUUUAAUGUAGAUGCUAAGGAAGUGAAGGAAGUAUGGGAAUUUUAUAAAUCAGUAAACGCAGAGAGGGACUAUCUGGAAUCAAAAUUGGAGAAAGUGAUAUACCAAAUGCGACAAUCACAGAAAAACUUAACUGCUGAAACAAAGUUGGAAUUAGAUGGAUUGAUACAGCAAUUCACUGUAGUAAAGCAUGACUUAAAGGUUGUUAAAGAAACGUUAUGGGAUUUAAGUGAAUGUGUUGUGGAGAAGAUGUUGAUGUUGCCAAAUGAUUUAGAUGACAGAACUCCUCUUCACUCUCCUAGUGUACUGAAAACUAUUGGUACGUUAAGUGAAUUCUCUGAAACAGGAAGUAAAAAGAAUCACAUUGAAAUUGGAAAGGACCUCGGUUUAUUGGAAUAUAGAAAUCCUAUGGAAUAUUAUAUGUGCAACGAUGCAGCUCUCUUUGAACUUGGUGUAUUGAGCUAUGCAGGAAAGAUAUUCAGUGACAAUGAUAUGAUCAGGAUAGCAGGUGCAGACUUUAGUCGCAGCCUGGUGGUGGAAGGUUGUGGCAUGAAUCAUGAAGAUCCAAUGCAUGCUUUCAUAAUAAAUAAUCACACAGAAGUAGAAAAAAACAGCUCAAAUCAUAUGCAUCUUGUUGGAGGUGCAAGCUUGGUCUCAUUUUUAGCUAUGCACGCAAAGCAAUUGAUAAAUCCGAAGAAAUUCCCAGUAAAAUAUUUUAGUACUGGAAGACAAUACACACCUUUCUCACCUACUUCUACUCCACUCGGUUUAUUCACUGCAUGUCAGGCGUCUGUUGCACAUACAUUCGUUCUUGUGAAAGAUGCAAAUAGUCCGGAUUAUCAUGCAGAAUUCGAACAACUGUUGAAUACUGUUUGUAAACUAUACGAUAACGUUUGCGAUCAUUAUCGAGUUGUUACGAGAUCUGCAUCAGAAUUACGGCCAUGGGAAAGAAUGCGAGUUUCUUUUGAAUUAUGGUCACCAUAUUUGAAACAGUACAUAGAAGUUGGCCAUAUCUCUACGUGCGGUAACUACUUAAGUAAGAGGCUACUUAUUGCGUAUCAGACACCAACUGGAAGGGAUUUCCCUUCUGCAAUAACCGGGACAGUGAUGUCGGUGCCACGUUUGUUAGGGUGUUUAUUGGAGCAAAAUCCAGGAAGGUUUAUUAUUCCGGAAAAAAUUGUAGAACACCUGCCGAUAGAUCAUCCUCUACCUUAAGUUAACGAGGCUACGCACUAAGUUAGAAAGGAUUUCAGUUUUAUACAUAAUUUAUGUAUAUUUACAUAUGCAGAUUUAAAUUUACUUAUUUCUGAUGUCCUUUAUUUAUGUUUGUAAUAAAAUGUGUACAUAUUUUAUUGGAAUAAACGUUUAUGAUAACAUUUA